AAAAAAUGUUUUCACAUUUCACAUGUGAUGUGCGCACUGAAUGGCACUUUUCACUGCGCUCAGCUAUGUCCAACUGUAUUCGAUAAUUAACGGUGUUGCAAAAAGUAUUGUGAUGUGUCGGUUUGCAUUAGUUGCUUAAACAUAAGCGCGGUCGACGGUUAACAUGAUUCGCGUCACGAGAGAGCCAACAAUAAAUCAUAUUUGUAUUUUUAUCGCCGUGAUACUUUUAUGCACGAAUGCCGGUUGUUUACUCGAGGAAGGCAUAAAAACUACAGACGGUUCGCCGGUGCCAGUGGUGCUCUGGCAUGGAAUGGGUGAUAGUUGUUGUUUCUCUUUUAGUCUUGGAAAAAUACAACAGAUCCUUCAAGAUGAAAUUCCUGGAGUUUAUGUCCAUUCCAUACGUAUUGGAAACAACGAGAUAGAGGAUGUUGAGAACGGCUAUUUUGGAAAUAUUAAUGAGCAAAUAAAGCAUGUGUGUCAACAAAUAUCGCAAAACACAAAACUUCAAAAUGGAUAUAAUGCCAUUGGUUUUUCUCAAGGGGCACAAUUUCUAAGAGCAGUAGCUCAAAGAUGUCCUAAUCCACCAAUGCUGAAUUUAAUAUCUUUAGGCGGUCAGCAUCAAGGUGUUUUCGGAAUACCAAAGUGCUCAGACUCAUCUCGAUUGUGCAAUUACAUGCGUCGCAUUCUUCAUCUCGGUGCAUACUUGUGGUACGUACAAAACUCGCUGAUACAAGCUUCUUAUUGGCAUGAUCCUUUGCAAGAAGAUGAAUAUCAAAGGAAAAAUCUUUUCCUUGCCGAAAUCAAUAAUGAAAAUAUUAAUAACAUAGAAUAUAAAAAUAAUCUUCAAAAGCUUCGAGCUUUAGUUCUCGUUAAAUUCGAGAAUGAUACAAUGGUCGAACCAGUAGAGACAGAAUGGUUUGGAUUUUACAAACCUGGUCAAGCGGAAGAGGUGCAGAAGUUGCAGCAAAGUAAGCUGUACCAACAGGACUGGCUCGGAUUACGUGCAAUGGAAAACGCCGGUAAAAUCUGUUUUGUUUCGCUACCUGGUGAUCACUUACAAUUUACGGCUGAUUGGUUCAUUAAAAAUAUAAUUAAAAAAUAUUUAGUAUAAUUGUGAAAAAAUCUAUGUAUGCAAAUUUAAGAAUUCAAUGAAUUAGACAAUAUAGAUGUAUAACAUACACGUAUAUAGUG